ACACUCCCCUUGUUCUCUCUUCAGAUAUUUAUUAACAAUGAAUGGCAUGAAUCUACAAGUGGAAAGAAGUUCCCCACCUACAACCCUUCAACGCUGGAGAAAAUUUGUGACAUUGAGGAAGGAGACAAGCCUGAUGUGGACAAUGCGGUGGAAGCAGCGAAGGCAGCGUUCCAGAGGGGGUCUCCGUGGAGACAGAUGGAUGCCCUGAGCAGAGGACAACUCCUGCACAAGCUGGCUGAUCUUCUUGAGAGAGACAGAGUCAUCCUGGCAACUCUGGAAACAAUGGACACAGGAAAACCAUUUCUGCAGGCUUAUUUCAUUGACCUGGAAGGCUGUAUAAAAACACUCCGGUAUUACGCUGGAUGGGCUGAUAAAAUCCAGGGCAGAACUAUCCCAGUGGAUGAAAAUUUUGUCUGUUUCACCAGGCACGAGCCGAUGGGUGUCUGCGGAGCUAUAACUCCAUGGAACUUCCCUUUGCUGAUGUUGGUUUGGAAGAUGGCACCAGCCCUGUGCUGUGGAAACACUCUGGUUAUUAAGCCAGCUGAACAAACUCCUCUCACGUCGCUGUACAUUGGCUCCCUCAUCAAGGAGGUGGGUUUCCCUCCAGGUGUGGUGAACAUUGUGCCAGGCUACGGCCCCACAGCCGGAGCGGCCAUUUCCACCCAUCACAGCAUUGAUAAAAUUGCUUUUACUGGAUCAACAAAGGUUGGAAAACUGAUCAAGGAAGCUGCUUCUAAAAGCAACCUCAAAAGGGUGACAUUAGAGCUUGGAGGGAAGAACCCCUGCAUUGUGUGUGCAGAUGCAGACUUGGACUUGGCAGUGGAAUGUGCCCAUCAAGGCGUGUUCUUCAACCAAGGGCAGUGCUGCACGGCCGCCUCGCGGGUCUUCGUGGAGGAGCAGGUGUACCCCGAGUUCGUGCGGCGCAGCGUGGAGUACGCCAAGAAGAGGCUCGUCGGAGACCCCUUCGAUGCCAGGACUGAGCAAGGGCCCCAGAUUGACCAAAAACAGUUUGAUAAAAUCCUGGAGCUGAUCGAAAGCGGGAAGAAAGAAGGGGCUAAACUGGAGUGUGGGGGUCUUGCCAUUGAGGACAGAGGCCUGUUCAUAAAGCCCACUGUGUUUUCAGAGGUCACCGACAACAUGCGCAUCGCCAAAGAAGAGAUUUUUGGGCCAGUUCAGCCAAUUAUGAAGUUCAAGAGUAUAGAAGAGGUCAUAAGAAGAGCCAACAGUACCGAGUAUGGACUUACAGCCGCAGUGUUCACAAAGAACCUGGACAGAGCUCUAGCGCUCGCCUCCGCUCUCCAGUCAGGGACUGUCUGGAUCAAUUGUUACAAUGCGCUCUAUGCACAGGCUCCUUUUGGUGGCUUUAAAAUGUCAGGCAAUGGCAGAGAACUCGGUGAAUACGCCUUGGCAGAAUAUACCGAAGUGAAAACGGUCACCAUCAAACUCUCCCAGAAGAAUCCAUGAAAACAGAAGGCCUAAAAUGCUGACACUCUGAAUGUGACAGAUGGGGGACGUGUUCAGAGCAAGGGGGAGGGGUGGGGCAGGAAGGGAAAUGGAAGCACCUAACUUUAUUCCUCUAGAAACACUGAAUCUGCUGGACUCCAUUUCAUCAGCUGGCUCUUUAACUGACCCUACUGGCAGCACAGCACACCCUUGUACUGUACAAGCCCCUGGCUGUACAUCUACUUGUGCUACCUGUGACUGAAAUGCUGGUCAGUCACAGUGCUUGCAGGACAUCUGCUUUCAAACUGUACUCCU